GUAUCAGGAUGCGGCGCGGGUUUUCGCUGCUGCCCCCCGAGCUCUGUUGCGUGCGUGCUGAUGUCAAGCCGUGCGGAGGAGGGGUGGGCCGAGGCUGCGAAAAGCUCCAGGCGGAUUCAGUGGCCAAUUUAUUUUAGCGCAGAGCCGAGCGAAGGCAUUGGAGCUGGGAGCUGUGCUUUAUUUCAUUGUCUGCGGCUGACAGCGAGGCGAAGACGAGGAAAACGGUUCAAACAGAGAAAAUUCAUAAAGAAAGCAAGCCAAGAGAAAGAGGACCGCUAGCAGUUGAAAAACGUGGUUCAAUGUUCAAGUAAAAUAAACACGGGGACCCGUUGGUGAUGCAAACUGAGAAAAAUGUACCGAUACCAAGUUUUAAUAUGAUCAAGGAGCGCUUUUUGUUCUACUUGUAGGAGAAUCAGUGCUGCAGUACACCCCUUCUUCUCAAAACAACGAGGACCUUUUCUUUCUUUCAGUAUUAUUUAGAAAAAUACUUGGUUCAACAUUCAUCUUGUUUUUCAGUCUUUUGCACAACCACGAUGAAUUUUCAGUCGGCCGUCCCAGUUCCAGUGUCGGUAUCUGGACUCUCGCAGCAAUCUCAGCCAGCUAUGCCCACUCCCGGUACAGUGCCGGUCCCGGUGCCUCCUUCCUCCAUCCCGUCACAAUUCGGCUCUGGUCCGGCCUCCGGCACUUCAGCGGCUCCUCAGUUCGGCUCUGGUACCGUCUCCGGGACAGUUUCUCAGUCAGGACCGCCGGGCUCCCAAUUCGUUUUGUCUAACUCGGCGGCCAUCCGAGCUGAAAUUCAGCGGUUCGAGUCCGUCCACCCAAACAUAUACGCCAUUUACGACUUGAUUGAAAGAAUCGAUGACCUGGCCCUGCAAAACCAAAUCCGGGAACAUGUAAUAUCCAUAGAGGAUUCCUUUGUCAACAGUCAAGAGUGGACACUAAGUCGAUCAGUUCCAGAACUCAAAGUGGGUAUAGUGGGAAAUCUGUCUAGUGGGAAGUCUGCUCUCGUUCACCGGUACUUGACUGGCACAUAUGUCCAAGAGGAGUCCCCAGAAGGUGGUCGAUUUAAGAAAGAAAUUGUUGUGGAUGGACAAAGUUAUCUUCUCCUUAUUAGAGAUGAGGGUGGUCCACCAGAACUGCAGUUUGCAGCCUGGGUCGACGCUGUGGUCUUUGUCUUCAGCCUAGAAGAUGAAAUCAGUUUUCAGACAGUUUAUAAUUACUUCCUCCGGCUGUCAAGCUACAGAAACACCGCAGAAGUACCUCUAGUCCUUGUGGGCACUCAAGAUGCGAUCAGUGCUGCCAAUCCUCGAGUUAUUGAUGAUUCCAGAGCAAGAAAGUUGUCUAAUGACCUGAAACGCUGUACCUACUAUGAAACCUGUGCCACUUAUGGCCUCAACGUCGAACGUGUAUUCCAAGAUGUUGCUCAGAAAGUGGUUGCUUUACGGAAGAAACAGCAGCUGUCAAUAGGCCCAUGUAAAUCACUACCCAACUCUCCAAGCCAUUCCUCAGUUCCAUCCUCCUCCAUUCCGUCUGUACAUAUUAACCAGGCUGCCAAUGGUGGUGGAACAUUUAGCGAUUACUCUUCCUCUGUUCCAUCAACACCUAGCAUUAGCCAGCGAGAACUGCGAAUUGAGACCAUUGCUGCCUCCAAUACACCCACCCCUAUAAGAAAGCAAUCUAAACGCCGAUCCAACAUCUUCACCUCUCGGAAAGCCAGUGAACCAGCGAAGACUGUUGACUGUAAAACUGACAACAUUGGAAGUGGGCGAGCAAUUCCUAUAAAACAGGGCAUACUUCUAAAGAGAAGUGGCAAGUCUCUGAACAAAGAGUGGAAAAAAAAAUAUGUGACCCUCUGUGACAAUGGAGUUCUAACCUAUCACCCCAGUUUACAUGAUUACAUGCAAAAUGUCCAUGGUAAAGAAAUUGAUUUACUGAGGACAACAGUGAAAGUACCGGGAAAACGGCCUCCAAGAGCAGUGGCUACCAUUGCACCCACAGCCAGCCCAAAAACCAAUGGGAUUACCAAAGACAGAAGCAACCUUCAGAUUGCACAGGGAACAGGUGGGGCCUCGCAUUCAAACAGCAGUGGUUCUUUACAGUCGGAGCGCUCUGUAAGUGGGACGAAUCUUGUUGCUUAUGGUGGCAAGCCUGAUGGAUUGCACCAUCGUUCCUUCUCCGUAUCCAGUGCAGACCAAUGGAAUGAGGCAGUCAUCACCCCCAACAGUGGCACAAGCACCAACACAGGGGCAGCUAAUGGAACAGCUGAUUCAUUAAGCUCCAGCCCAAAUGUGCCAAGUACAACAAGUCCUAAAUUAGAACCUCCACCAUCACCUCAUGCUAACCGAAAGAAACAUCGAAGGAAAAAGAGCACUGGUGCAACAAAGCCAGAGGGACCUGUGGCUGGCAGUGAAGAGCUAGAAGAGUCAUUUGAAUUCAUCAUUGUAUCACUUACUGGUCAAAUGUGGCAUUUUGAGGCCUCCACCAAUGACGAAAGAGAAGCAUGGGUCCAGGCAAUUGAAAGUCAGAUUUUUGCUAGUUUACAGUCUUGUGAAAGCACCAAGAAUAAGUCGCGCUUGGGGAGCCAGAGUGAUGCAGUUACCAUCCAGUCCAUUCGUAAUGUUCGAGGGAACAGCUUUUGUGUUGACUGUGAAGCACCCAACCCAGACUGGGCUAGUUUAAAUUUAGGAGCACUAAUUUGCAUUGAGUGUUCUGGAAUCCAUCGGAAUCUUGGAACACAUUUAUCCCGGGUGAGAUCUCUUGAUUUGGAUGACUGGCCUGUGGAGCUUACAAUGGUGAUGACAGCAAUUGGCAAUGCCAUGGCAAAUCGUGUGUGGGAAGGAGCUGUGGAAGGUUAUACUAAACCAACUCCAGACACCACUAGGGAAGAAAAAGAAAGCUGGAUUAGAGCUAAAUAUGAGCAGAAGCUCUUUUUGGCUCCCCUUCCUCAAUCCGAUGUGCCUCUGGGACAGCAACUUCUUCGUGCUGUUGUGGAAGAUGAUUUAAAACUAGUGGUUUUACUUCUAGCUCAUGGAACUAAAGAGGAAGUCAAUGAAACAUAUGGGGACGGAGAUGGAAGAACUGCACUGCAUCUGUCUAGUGCUAUGGCUAAUGUUGUCAUUACACAGCUUUUAAUAUGGUAUGGUGUUGAUGUGAAAAGCCGAGAUGCCAGGGGUUUGACUUCACUUGCAUAUGCACGGAGAGCUGGUAGCCAGGAAUGCAUCGACAUCCUCAUCCAGCACGGAUGCCCUAUGGAAAAUUUAAUCCCUGUCCCAACACCCAAUCUAUCACGUCGUAACACAAAUGUCAACAAUAAUUCCCAGUAUGAAAUGAACCGCAGUGCAAGUAUUAUCUAGUUGCAGUGGGUGAAACAACAAGGAUUACGUUCUUCCACAAGACUGCCCAUCUGGCUCCCCCCUUUACCCUCAUUGAUCUUUUCCUACACCACCUGUGCUGCCAGGCAUCUUCCUCAUCUGUGUUGUCUCUAAGCUUUCUUGUUUCACUGGACAUGGCAAUAUGGCUUAAAAGUUGAGCACUGUGAGCUGAGCUGGCAUGCAGAUUGUAUUACCGCCUUAUGAAAAAUCGAAUUCUUUUUCAUUAGGUUAUUACAGUCAGAUUCAGCUGAACUGGAUUUAUGAGGGGAAAAAAGACUAAACACAAUUGAAAGAAAAUAUUCAGUAUGCAUUCAUUGGGCUUGCUCCCUAGCUUACUGUAAUUGUUUGGUUUUUUUUUUGUUAUUAUUAUUAUAAGAAUGUAAAACAACCUGUAUCAGAUUAUAUUUGCUGGCAAACACUGUAACAAUUCUAGGGGUCAGCACAUAUAGUGUUUAAAAUGAGGGUGGGUGUGAUUAAGUAGAGCACUUUUUAAAAGAAGUUUCAUUUGCCUGGCUUUUUAAAUUAUGCUGUUCUUCUUUUUACUGUAAAUGUCAACUUUCUAUUGAGUGAAGUGCAGAUCACAUUCAUUCUUGCCUCUUCCAGAGACAGCACACCCUCCCCAAAUCCAGAUGGAGUACACUUCAGUGCUGAUCUUGGAACAUCAAUAGUCCUGAAACGCUGUUCAGCACUUCCAAAACUUUUAUUCCUUUUCUUUUCAUACCUGUUCUGUGCUGCAUACUUAAAACUUGCCUGCAGUCAUUUUGCACAUGGUUUAAACUUUGUGUACCAUAUUCUAAAAAGCCUGCCUGCUUUUCCUCCAGUGUUUCUGUUGCUAAUGUCCACCCAUUUUAACUGAGCUAUGCUUUACAUCUGAUCAGCCUUCAUGUUAAAUAGUCUUGUCCGCUGGUAAAAUGAGCUGCAUAGUAUUGAGGCCAAUUGUUGGUUCUACAAACUUCUGAUCUAAUUGGUGAUCAAUGAAAGCCUUCAGUCUGCAGAAAGUCCUAAAGUAUGUGUGAUUCAUGUAUUUUUUUAUUCUUCAGAGAGAUAUAUGUGUGUUUACGUGUAUUUUUCUGCUGCUGUUUGUUUUUUUAUUUUGUUUUGUUUGAAGCCUUCCAGAAGCAUUUCUUGUUCAGGUCUAAACCAGACCAUUUCUUUUGAAGGUUUGCAAGUAAACCAAAAAUGUUGUCUCAAGCAAGACAUUAAUGGCCCUGUUUAUAUUAUCUGAAAUAUUGAAUUGAAUGUGUUUUCCUUUUAGACUGCAGGUUUAUCAUCUGCUUUUAGAAGCAUAUAAUGUACAUGCAUGCUGUUUAGCUAGACUUUGUAAGAUGUUAUUGUGGUUCUCACUUCUAUUUAUUUUUAGUUACACAAAUAAAAACACAUUUUGCAACAAAUUUUGUUUUUUUCAAAAGUGAAAGAACCAUUUUGAAAUGACUACUGACCAAGCCACAAAUAGUUUUUAACCAAGGAGCCCAAAGCUAUUCCUAUUAUAUAGUUCAGAGGUGUAUGCUAUUAUUACCAUAGGUCAAACGGCCAAAUAAAAUGAUGAGGAGGACAUCUUGUGCAGGUAAUAAAUAAAUAAACUUAUGAAGAUAAUUGUCUUUUGGUUAAGUUUGGUUUUACACCAGCAUUCCACAAUUUCACUGUGACCCAACACAACACACUGUUGAAACAAUUGUGAUGCUUUAUAAAGUGCAUUUGUAAAUAUUGUACCACUCUGUGUCCUCAUUUACUUUGAAGGAGUCCCGUGCAGUGUUAUUUUUUUUUAUUAUUAUACUUUGAAGGCCUUAUUUUACAUGGCAAGUGGAUGUCAGUGAGUACAUUUGCCGAAGAAGUAGCAAAGAGAAGUACAGUGAAUGUAGAAGCUGAGAGCGUAGACACAAGACAGCUGAUGAUUCCCUGUCAUUUACAGCAGAUAUUAAAAUAAGGGGUGAUUGUCAAGAUUGAAUAUUAUUAUAUCAUUUGGAAUAUAUAACUAUUAUCUAAAUAUAGUUGUUUCAGCCCUGUUUUAGUACUAAAAAGGAUCUCUAUUUUUGAUAUCCAGCCAGGCUAUUAGAGCCCUUCUGGCAUUUAUGGUUUUCUUAUGUAAUAGAAUUAAAACAUGACAAAAAGAAAUACUUCAGAUACCAUUUCGUAUAUGUGCUCAACCCGCCCCACACUUCUAUGCUGAUGACAGACCAUUCGAGCCACAGCAGCCCUACUGGGUGCCACUUUAUUCUAGAAUUUCCAGUCUGGAUUCAUUACUCCCACUCGCAUUGUCCAGCCCUCAAAGUCAUGCGUGUACGCAAAGACAGACAGAUAGCGUAUUGUAUACAGAGGAAUAAAUUCAUUAAUCUCAAAUGUGGUUUCUUAAGUACAUCAGAAAAGAAUUUCAAGUUUCUAUGCUGAAGAAUGUACCCACAAAUAUAAAAAUUAGUUGAAAGUCCAGCCAUUUCUUAUGAACUCAACUUGUCAGAUUUUACAUGAGAUAUGCAAGCAGGAAUUAGGUGUGGAUUUUUUUGUUGUUUUUUGCCUUCAUAUUAAUAAAUAUUUAUUAUACCAAUAGUGCACAUAACGCUUAUACUAUGUUAUAAACAGUAUUUGUUAAUAUGGCAGAUAAAAAAAUAUGUCCCCAUAGCAGGUUGUUUAUAUAAACUUUGCUAUAGGAUUGAGCAUCUGAAGUAUCCGGUAAGCUGACGAGAUUUUAAAAGAAAUUAUUAAACCCACCUCAUGUGGUUUUCAUUAAUCGAAAAGCAUCUUGUAGUUGAGUGAUUAAAAUUAAACUAUCAUUUAUUUCCCUAAAUGCUUGGGAAAUAUUUCAUAUGCACCUGUUUAGUUUGGUACUGCAAACUAAAUAGUGGACCCUUUUUUUUUUAUUCUUUCUUUAAGCAUAAAUUCCACAUAUAUGCAUUUAACUUCAACUUGUAUUGCAAGUCAGUGGUGGAUUCAAGUCCAACUCAACACUAUGUCCCACAUACUGUAAAAGUAAAUCGAAUUGAUAUUGUCGACAUUCCAACGUUUUUGUGAUAUUUUAUGUUCAAGACCAAUCGAUCCCUUAGCGCUGUGUUUUACAUGGUAUAUUAUGGCUUGGCUUGAAUGGCAGCACUCCUCUUCUGUUUACUGUUUCCCUUGAUGUUCCUUUAGAUUGAUUACCUGUUGCUGUAGGAUAUUCUUGGGGGGCUUCCUGGCAAAGGCAUUGAUCUGCAUUCCUACCUGCAAAUGUCUGUCUCCGUCACUUUGCUAUAAAACAAAAAGUGUAAGAAAGCAGCAUUGAUAUAAAGCAAAAUCAAAAAUGAAGCACAGCUACUUCAUUGUAGCCAUGUAUGCGUAUUGAUAUUGUAGCUUUCAUAGCCCAAGUUUCAUUGCAAUUUAAAAAAAAAAAAAAUAAAGAGGAACUUCUGUUUAAUGUUAUGUUUACCAAGGCCUUUACUUUAAAGGCUCAAGCACAGAGAAAACGGAGCAAAACCGUGUAUUGUGAUGUGCUUGUGAUGGAGAAGUUUACUCCAGAGGCACAUUCAUAAAUAACAAACACUCAAAGUAACAUUUGAUUCGUAGCUUUUGUUACAGGAUUCAUAUGCGUGUGUCCCUUUACCUGAGGCGGAGACCACGUGAAAAGAGUCUGCUAUUGAAAGAUGCAAAGGCUCGAGUUAAUCGCUCAAGGUAACCUCACCAGUUCCAGCAGACAUGCUGUACUUGUUAAGUAAAAACUAGCAUUUUAAAAGAAUUAUCAGAAAUGUACUCUUUCUCUUGUUAUGCCAAGUUGCUACCUCUGUAGACUCUUUUCUUUCCCAGAUUUUCACAGUAAGCACUGGCUUAAUGGUGUGUAAACUGAAAUAAAGCGAAAGAACAAUACACAUGAAGACGCCACCAGUAUCAGGGAGGACCGGAAUGCCUAGAAGUUCUAAUUAAUACUACAGUUUUUGAUUCUACACAUUUUUUAAAUAUAAACACUUUUUUUUCUUUGUUGCUUUAGUUUCCCAACUACCAUAAGAAAAAUUAAAGGUUAUCUCUAUUAAAAAAUAAAGGAGAAAACGGGGAGGAAAAAAGCAGACACCAAACCGACUGAUUUUCACUUCACACAAACUCAACAACAGAAAAAGGAAGCAAGAAAACAGGCUGACUGCAGCCAGUUUCCUUCCUGACUCAUUUUUUAAUGAAUGGAAAGAAGAAAUAUGUUUUUAAUUAUGUAAAAGUGUGUUUCUCUUGAUUUUGCCUUCAUCAAAUAUACAUAUGAUUCCAAAUUAAAAAGGGGAUGUUUCUUCUUCCUGCAGGUGUAGCUGAGGAGAAAAAUGAAUUAUUGAGUGAAUGAACCCACUUGCAUGAAAUGAUGUGUACUGUGUAGCUGUUCUGUUGGCUUUAAGGAAAAAGCCGAUAAAACAUCCAUUCAGGGAUAUUAUAUGGUGGUCCGUCCCUCAUUCCUUUCCCUAAUUGCAGUCAUAAAGGUUAUUAUGGUAACUGUUUGUAUUGAAGGCACUAUGGCAAUUCUACCAUGAUUAUACAGCGGCAGCAUUCUGAGGUACUUACAUGUAUGAUAAUGUACAUUUAGAAUAUUUAUAUUCCAGUUUGUAAAUAUUCUUUGGGGUUUUUUUUCUUCAGCAUUUGAAACAAAACUGUGUGCUUGAAUGACUCUGGACCAGUUAUAAUGCUUAAAUAAAAAAUGUAGCUGAACCUAAAAA